AUGGUGGUUGAUUCUGACGAAGCUCGUAGUAUCAUUUUGCUGCCCCCAAUAAGACCCAAAACCCUAAACCUAACCCAUUCUCAACCAAACCUUCCGCCUCCUUCAAGCUUCUCUCUCCCACCUCUCUCUCUCUCCCUCUCCGUCCUCUCCCCUCCGAAGCCAUCGCCAACAGCCGCUCCGGCGCCACCAAAUGGCACCUCCUUUUCUUUCUCCAUUUCUCCGUCCGGCGAACCCAUCGCCACCACACACCGCCGCCAUCCGCCAUCAAUGGCAACAACAAAAACACCAGCCUCCGUCAACGCCACUGCCCGUUUUAAACUUUACCAAGUCACGCCGUCCAGGUUCAGGUGCCCAGUCCCAGCCUCGUCAGUGAUUCUCGAGUGUCUUUAUCUACAUCUCCACAGCGAUGAGUCCUCAUGGUUCGAGGACCGGUUAUCCUCAGAUAUUUAAUUUAUCUAGUAGUUGUUCAUUUAUUUCCAGUUAAGUAUGAGUCAGUUGGGGACUUGUCCCAAUGGAUUCUUGUUCUUGAGUAUUAGAGGCUUUGCCAAACUAGUGAUCAGAUUGUUAGUAAGUUGAGACUUCCAGUAUUUUGACUAUUUGGACAAAGUAUUUUCAUCGUAUUUCUUAUGAUUUGAUAUAACCGUACCCGUUAUUUGUC